UUGUUUACUUAUUGUCGACUUUUUAUUUAACAUAUAUUAAUAAUGUUAUAUAUGUGAACAUUUGACACAUAUACGUUUAAUAUGAAGUAAUUUUAAGUAAUUAAAAGCUAUAAUGAAUGAUAACUAUGAAAAUAUAUUUGGCUGCACAUUCCAGACUCCGGAUUUAGUAAUUUCGUUACUUGACCAGGAAGUACAAUCUGCAACUAUUCCAUAUCUAAAUGACCAAACAUUGUCUGUGCCUUCUCCCUCAGAUCAACUACUGCAUAAUAAUGCUACGCAUCAUAUACCAUUUGUAGAAAUACACACGAAUAAUAUACGUCCACAAAUUAAUAGUUUUACUAAUGUUUUUCGUCGAAGUAAUCAGGAAAUCAAAUCAGAACCAAUAAAAUCAGAAAGUACAGAUAAUGCCGGAAAAGAUCGUACCAAUAGAACUCCUACACCUGCUAGAAGCAAUAACAGUUGCAGUGGUAGUGAUAGAGUCGUAACUCCUAAUGAAAAUAUACAAAGUGCAUCUAAUUUAAACGCUAAUUCGAAUUAUUUAUUGGGAGAAGCCUGUCCACCCGAAUUGCUUAACAAUAUAGCAUUUCCUAUUGUGCGUAAAUGCACGGAUUGUCCUUUUAUGUGUCUUGACUUGGCCAGCUUCAACAUUCAUAUAUCAAUUCACAAUGGUAAUGCACAUGCAAGAAAUUGUGCAAGGAGCGUUAUACAUUGUCCAGGUUGUGAAAAUAAAUUUUAUGCUGAAAAAUCGUUUAAGGUGCAUUUGCAUGAAGAUCAUUAUAUGUCAAUAACUGAUUGUGAACAACUAAUAAAUGUAAUGAGGCAAACUGCAAACGAACGAGGAGGCACGCAAAAUAUAAAUAUCUUGGAUAAUAAUAUCACUGAGUCUAUUCAAGAAGCUCCUAAAAAAAAUCGGAUUUACCUUAAAGAUGUAGAGUGCUUACGCGAACCGCGACGUGAAGUAACUGAGCCAAUUAAUCAAGUAUCAGAAAAUUUAUUACAAUCCUUAGGUGAUUGCGAUCCUAUGUUAAAUGUUUUUAAUGCAAGUGAUGAUAUAUUUGGGAUAUUUAACACAAAUGAAAUGACUAAAAAUGGAAACAAAUGCAGUAAUACUGUUGAUACAGCGAUUCCCAGGGCGAGACCUAAACAAAAAAUAUAUAUAAAAAGUGUAGAUGUGCUAAGAGAACCACAAGUAAACUUUCAUAGUAACAAUAGAACAAAUAUGACUGCUUUGGAUUAUAACGAAAGAGAUUUAAUAAUUGAAAACGGUGUUACUUUUUCACCAACAAAUGGAUACAAUAAGAUUGAUCAAAAUAUUGAUAAGUUUGGGACGACUAAUGUUCACAAACAAAAUACUGAAAAGCAUAUUAGUAAUUCUAAACCAAAAAUUUACAUUAAAAAUGACAUAUUAAAAGGACAUAGAGGUAUAACCAAUAUACAUGAGAACAGCAAUCCAAAUGGUUUUAUUUUUCUUCCUUCAAAUUGUGGGCAAAAUGACACAGAUAACUACUUAAACAAUUUGGAAAAUUUGUCAAUAUCAGUGCCAACUUUAAUUGAAGAUUGUGAUCAGUUAGAAUCAGAAUGUCAAAUAACCGAAAAAUAUACUUUUGAUAAUACGAAUUUAAUUACGAAUGUUAAUGAUAACAAUAAUUAUAAUUAUUUAACAACAUCAAAUGAUAAUGAUUAUUUGAUAUGUGAUCAUGUUUAUCCAAGUGUAUCUAGUAGACUAGAAACACCAGAAAACUAUUCAAAUGAAUCAUCGUCACCAUUGCCGGUACAAUCAGUUUUAACAACACCAAGUAUAAUUGAAAACAUGUUUCAUAAUUCGCUACCAUCGUCAGUACCUAUGCCAGAAGUUCCAACAGCUGUAUUAGAUAUACCGGUGCAAUUAGCAAAUCCACAGCAAAAACAAAAAAUAUCUAUAAAAAAUGUGGACAUUUUAAAAGCGCCACAAUUUCAGGAACAUCGUGGCACUCUGCAUUUACGUACAGUCGACGAACUUAAUUUGAUGAAUAAGAAUGAAGUUGAAAAUCUUAUAGCACCUCAUUUAGAUGUACAAGUCUGCGCUCAAGUAAAUGAAAAUGGUAUCAUGAGUGGUAUCAUAAACCCAGCAAUCAUUACGUCUGCCUCAGAUUAUUCAACAACAUACAAUAGAGAAAAUAUCAAAGUGCAUGAAUUGGCACCUCAUACUGAUAACACAUGGGCUGAUGAUUAUGAUUUGGGAGAUGAUAUUGACUGUAUUAUUACAUCAAUUGAUCCAAUUAAUUUAAAUGAAAAUAUUUCUUUAGGGAAAAACAUAACUGAUUUGGAUACACAACAAAUGUCUGCCAUAACAAUUCGUGAUAUAGAAGAACUUACAGAUACGGCACAGCAAAAUAUCGAUAAAAAUGAUAUGCAAAUUGCUGAAGUAUCAAACCAAAAUGAUCGAAUGCUGGGCAAUAUUAUUGAAUCAAAUUCUUCAUCGAAUAUCGGUGCAAACACAAACUUUAACACGUUAAGUAAAAAUAUUCAAGCAAUUCAAACAAACGUUAAAACAGGCAAACAACUGUCUAACGAUGUAAACCCUUUAAAAGCUCCUAUAGAAGUAUUAUCUGCAACUGCAACAUCUCCACCACCAUUGGUACCAGUUUCUUUAAAUACAAUAUGUACGUGUGCAAGUUCAGGAACACAAACUAACUGUUUAACGAAUUCCAUUGCCAAAUCCUCACAUUCUACAACUCAAACAUCUACUUUACCGGUACCGCCACUAGUACCCGUGUCAUCACGUUAUCAUCAAUAUCCGAAGAGUAUUGCAAGUUUUAAUACAACUGGAAAUUCUACUUCAAAUAUUACCGCAGAAAAAGCACGUAUUUAUGUUGCUCAUAAUCUUUUAAAAACAGUUGACAAAUUGGAAAAAAAUAGUAACGUUACAGAAAAAGCUAAAAUCGGACGACGAAAAGUUGAUGCUAAUUGUAAUGUAUUAGGUUCCGCCACAAAAGUAAUAACCAAAUCCAAAAUGUUAGCGAAAAAUGAAGUCAAGUGUAAUGCAAAUGGUUGCUCUUAUGGAUUCAAAAAACGAGAAACAUUAGAGUAUCAUAAACGUUGUCAUAUUGACGGUCUUUCAAAUGUUUCAAAUUCGCAUCAUAUGCAAUGCCCAGAAUGCAAAUCCACAUCAUUUAGCAGUUGGAAUACUUUGCAUACGCAUCUAUGGCGUGUUCACGAAGUGGACAUGGAAUUGUAUAGUUGCGAUAGGUGUACUUUUAAAACACCAGUUUUCUCAAGACUAUUUAAUACUCACCUAAAGAUACAUUCAGAAGAUCGAAAUUAUAAAUGCGAUACAUGUGAUAAGGCAUUUAAAAAUGCUAAACAGCUCAAAAAUCAUCGACGUUUGCAUCGUAUUAAUUCAACUUUUGCAGCAGACACAGGUUGUUCUGAAAUUCCAUGCAAAACUUCUGAUGUAUAUCGGUGUGAAGAUUGCGGAGCAGUUUUCGCGCAUCAAAAAACUUUAAAAGACCACAUUUGUCGAAACAAGAAUAUGUUAAAAUGUACUGUUUGUGAGCGUAAAUUUACGUCGAAGAAUUCACUUAGAAUGCAUAUGUACAGUCAUGAGGUAGAUAAGCGAUUCAAAUGCAACCUGUGCAAGUAUACAACGAACGACCACAAUGCUUUUAGGCGUCACAAAAUGGUACAUGAUGUUGAUAAGCAGUACUCGUGUCCUUUUUGCGGGUUGCAAUUUAUUCAAAGCGUUACAUAUCAAAUACAUUUACAAAAGAAACAUCCUAAUGAAUCAGAGAAAAUUGUACACAAAUGUCAAUUAUGUGCCUUCGCGACUAUUAAUCCUGUCUUAUUUAAAAUACACAAAGCCAAGCAUGAAUCUGAAUCCAGAGUAAAUUCACACCACGCUGCAAUGAUUCCAACGUAAAUAUUAUAUCGGUUAAUAAUCCUGCAGAACGAAAUGAAGGCAAUUGUUUAAGGAUCAGUAAAAUUGAUAUCGGAGCACCACCUUUGAUAAGUGAUAACGUAGUUAAAGAUCAGACUCUGCGAGUGGAAUCUCGUAAAUGAAAUAUUCUAGCCUCUGAUAACGUACAAAAAUACACAAUAAUCGAUGAUGAUGCUAUCACAUGAGUUAAUAUUACAGACAGAAUAAACCAAAAUGAGCUAUAACUUACAACAGGGUUUGCAUGAAUUUUUGUUCAAAACUAUUGCUAAA